AUGGGGUACUUGGUUACAGUAAGGUUUGCAACAGUCAGGUAUGACCAGACAUCCAAGAACAUUAAAAACCAGUUCAUGCAUCUGACCAACUACAGUGUCAACAAGAAGAGCGGAGAUUAUGUCAGCUGUGAUGAUCCUGAAGUAGAGGAUUAUGGAAACAAGUGGAGCAUGAGUGCAAUGCUGAGGUACUUAAAACAAGAGGGGAGAGACACCGCAGCACUGAUGGCCAACGUGGAGGACCUGAUUAUCAAGACUGUAGUUUCUGCUGAGCUGGCCAUUGCCACAGCUUGUAAAACUUUUCUUUCACAUCGCGGCUGCUGCUUUGAGCUGUAUGGUUUUGAUGUCCUUAUUGAUGACACUCUCAAGCCUUGGCUGUUGGAAGUGAACCUGUCCCCGUCACUGGCCUGUGAUGCACCUUUGGACCUGAAGAUCAAAGCUAGCAUGCUCUCAGAUAUGUUCACUCUUGUAGGCUUCGUGUGCCAGGAUCCAAGCCAGCGGUCAAGCCGGGCCAUUUACCAUUCAUCUGAGUCUGUCAAGAGAAGUCCAUACCAGAAGCUGCAGCGUCCCGUGUCUGCGCAGUCACAAACAGCAAACACCAGAUUGCGUACCCGUCCUAUGUCUGCCAGUGAUGCUGAAAUUAAAAACCCAAUGCCCUCAGGCAGGGAAAAAGCAACAGGAAGGCAAGGCAGCUCUGUGCUAGGUCUCUCCAUGGAGGAGAUAAAAGUUCUUCAUCGAGUGAGAGAGGAGAAUGAACGGAGAGGAGGCUUCAUCCGGAUAUUCCCUACCCCAUUAACAUGGGAUCUUUAUGGAUCCUUUUUAGAGCACAAGACAUCAAUGAACUACAUGCUGGCUACACGUCUGUUUCAGGACAGGAGCAAGAUGAAAAGAGAGUUCAUCGCUGGGAGAUCCCGAGCAGAUCUUAACAAAAGGCUGGAUACGAGGCUGGAAGCUGUAGACUCUCAUGCUCUCUUUUAUGAGAGAAAACUUGUUUCACUGGAGCUACGGAAGCGCCGGAGAUGUCAUCGCAAGGCUAGAGCAGCACGGAAAAGAUCAUCAGGGACGUCAGAACCCACAAAGCUGUGCCUCAGGUCGGACACAGCAGGUGAGGAGGAAGAGGAGGAGGUGGAUGCAGAUGCAGAUGAAGAUGAAGAGCUGGAUGAAACUGUUGGCUCUCUCUCGGACACCCAGGUGAAAAGCAAGCCAGAGCUCUCUGACUUGGUGAAGACUACUUGUAAGGAGGGAUUGCCAAAAACACUUGACAAGAAAACUGGAGAUGGAGGAGAGCCGUUUCUUCAAAAAACAGACUCCGAAUCUCAGUUUAACUUGCUGCAGGUUCUUCAAAAGCAUGGAAACCUGAGCAAAGUGCAAGCUCGCAGGGCUUUCUCUGCCUAUCUACAGCACGUUCAGUUGCGACUGAUGAAGGAGGCUGGUGACCAGAUCCAAAAUCCUGCCUGGGCUGCCAAAGAGGAUGAGCAAAUGGAACUUGUCGUACGCUUUCUGAAGCGAGCUGCCAGCAAUCUCCAGCAAUCCUUGAGGAUGCUGCACCCCAGGCACCGUUUAGGACUCAAUGAUCGUCGUCGUAUCCUGGCUCACCAGCUGGGCGAGUUCAUAAUCUGUUAUAACAAGGAAACGGAGCAGAUGGUUCAGAAGCGAUCAAAAAAGAAACAGGAAGAGGAGGAGGAGGAGGGAGUGAAUCCUGAAGGUUUUCGGAACUUUAUUACCAGAGCAAG